ACACAGUUCCACUAUAAAAGUCUGUGAUCUUCGGUUUCAGCCCCUCCAUCCUGACUGACCACCCUGAUCUGCAGCACUGGCUGUCUAAGCAAAAUGGUUUGGUUUGUUUGGAUGCUCUUUGGCAUCCAGGUGCUUUGCUCCUGCACCGCUGCCCCUCCAGCCCGAGGAGCAGGGGCUGCACUGCUCUCCCCCCGCUGCAAAGAUGCUGCAGUGGAGGAGGCUGCAGACCUGGCUCUCCGCCAGAUCAAUGCUGACCGAAAAGAAGGCUAUGUACUCAGCCUCUACAGAAUUGCCAGUGCCCGAGAACAAUCACAGGAGAUCACUGGUUCUGUCUUCUAUCUCAUCUUGGAUGUAGUAGAUACCGAAUGCCAUGUACUCAGCAGAAAGAUGUGGAAGAACUGUAACCCCAGACCUGCUCAUUCAGCUGUUUACGGUCAAUGCAAAGCAAUUAUCUACAUUAAUCAGGCAAGAAAUAUUGCUCAUCUGAAUACUUAUGAGUGCAGUUUACAACCAGUUCCACGCAGAUAUAUUUGGUCAGUAUGCCCUGACUGCCCGGCUGAUGAUUCUCCAACUAAGCCCGAAUACUUGGAGACUGCUGUUCAAAGUCUUGCCAAGUUCAAUGCAGAGAGUGAACAAACUCAUUACUUCUCUGUUCUCAAUGUCACAAGAGCUUCAAUGCAGUGAGUCGUUGGUCCUGCAUUUUUUGUAGAGUUUUUAAUUCAGGAGACAUCUUGCUCCAAAAAUGACACGGUUGCUGACAUCUCCAUGUGUGAGCCACUUCCACUGGAAGUAGCUAAAAUCGGUUUCUGCAAAGGGUCUGUAGUAAAAAGUCACAUGGAACAGUUUGUCACAGUAUCCUGUGAAAUCUACAGUCAGCAGGAUCCUGCCACUGAAGAGGAAAACCAGGAAGCUGAUCAGACACCUGGUAAACCCAGGCAGGAUCAACAGGCUUCCCCUUCAGAUGCCAAUCCUUUCUCUCCACACCUGGAAAAAACAGUGGGCUGGGUUAAAAUUCUACCCCCUUCAAAUGAGGACAUCACUUUCCACAGCCUACGAGAAAGUCAAAACAAACAUAAAGAUAGAAAGCCAGUUCCACCUAAGGCUGCAGGAUCUGUACCCCGCCUCGAUGGAGAAAAGACUCAAGUAAACAAACCAGACCUGACCAAACCAGUCACUGGACCAGUUAUUCUCCCUUUUCCUGAAGAACCUUCUCUAUCAGAUUCAUGUCCAGGAGAAGCAAAGCAGAUGGAUGGCAUCCUCCAUCCUUUGAUAACUAGAAUGCCUACCACAGUCUAGCCAGCAUCCACGCACCUCAGCUCUCUGCAACAAAAUAACAGCCAAAAUGGCAACAUGGUUUUCAAUUUGUGUAACAUCUUCAAAUAAGUAAAGUGUUUAUUACAGUCUUCA